UUGUCACACUAGUGACUGGACUGGCGCUAGAGCAGAUGCUAACGGCUAACGGCUAACGGCUAACGGCUACUCAACAGUGACCAUGGAGGAGAGCCGGUCAACACCGGGACAGCGACGCGGCGCCACCGGGCCACGAUAACAUCUGUCCACGGCGUCGACCCCCUCCACCCCCACCUCCACCUCCACCUCCACGGUCUGUUCAGUUUGUACAUCUCGUCUGCAGCCGCCGGUUAUCUCUGCGACUUUUGCCCUCUUUAUCCCGCCGCGGCUCAUGACAGCCGGCUACAGCUAGCCCGUUAGCUGAUUAGCUUGUUAUAAAGCAGCGCCGCUCGCCCUGAGGCGAACCGACUGGACCGACCUACGACUACACAGGGCGGACAACAGCGGGAUGUGCAAUGGCAUCGGUUCGGGUGGCUGUCCGGGUCAGGCCCAUGAACAGGCGGGAGAAAGACUUGACGGCGAAAAGCAUCAUCAAGAUGGAAGGAACCAAAACCUCCAUCACCAACCUGAAGAUCCCUGACGGCGUGGCAGGAGACACGACGAGGGAUCGAACCAAAACCUUCACGUACGACUUCUCCUACGACUCCACGGACUGUAAGAGCUCCGCCUUCGUCUCUCAGGAGAGGGUUUUCAGAGAUCUGGGCACCGACGUGCUGAAAGCGGCGUUCGAGGGCUACAACGCCUGCGUCUUCGCCUACGGUCAGACCGGCUCGGGGAAGUCCUACACCAUGAUGGGAAAUCCAGGAGACGCGGGUCUGAUCCCCAGGAUCUGUGAGGGUUUGUUCAGUCGUAUCUCUGACGCCACUCGAUGGGAUGUAGCUUCGUUUCGUACAGAAGUCAGCUACCUGGAGAUCUACAACGAGAGGGUGAGAGACCUGCUGAGGAGGAAAUCCACUCAGACCUACAACCUGAGAGUCCGGGAGCACCCGAAGGACGGCCCCUAUGUCGAAGAUCUGUCCAAACACCUGGUGCAGAACUACAGCGACGUGGAGGAGCUGAUGGAGGCCGGGAACAUCAACCGCACCACCGCCAGCACCGGCAUGAACGACGUCAGCAGCCGCUCCCACGCCAUCUUCACCAUCAACUUCACUCAGGCUAAGUUUGACGCAGAGAUGCCCAGUGAAACCGUCAGUAAGAUCCACCUGGUCGACCUGGCAGGAAGCGAGCGGGCCGACGCCACCGGAGCCACCGGCGUCCGACUGAAAGAAGGAGGAAACAUCAACAAGUCGCUGGUCACCCUGGGCAACGUCAUCUCUGCUCUAGCCGACAUGACGCAGGACGGCGUGAACACCAACCUGAAGAAGAAGUCGGUGUUCGUUCCCUACAGAGACUCUGUGCUGACGUGGCUGCUCAAAGACAGCCUGGGCGGCAACGCCAAGACCAUCAUGAUCGCCACCGUUUCUCCCGCCGACGUCAACUACGGCGAGACCCUCAGCACUCUGCGCUACGCCAACCGAGCCAAGAACAUCAUCAACAAGCCGACCAUCAACGAGGACGCCAACGUCCGGCUGAUCAGAGAACUGCGGGCUGAAAUCGCCCGGCUGAAGGCUCUGCUGAUUCAGGGUAACCAGAUCGCUCUGCUGGAUUCGCCCACCGCUCUGAGCAUGGAGGAGAAACUGCACCAGAACGAAGCCAGAGUUCUGGAGCUGACGAAAGAAUGGACCAACAAGUGGAACGAGACGCAGAACAUCCUCAAGGAGGAGACUCUGGCGCUGAGGAAAGAGGGGAUUGGCGUGGUCCUGGACUCGGAGCUGCCUCACCUCAUCGGCAUCGACGACGACCUGCUCAGCACCGGCAUCAUCCUGUACCAUCUGAAGGAGGGACGGACGUACGUGGGCAGAGAGGACGCGUCUACAGAGCAGGACAUCAUCCUUCACGGUCUGGACCUGGAGAGUGAACACUGUAAGUUUGAGAACCAGAACGGCACAGUGACCCUGGUUCCUCUGGGCGGAGCUCAGUGUUCGGUGAACGGAGUCCAGGUGACGGAGCCGUCGCAGCUCAACCAAGGCGCCGUCAUUCUGCUCGGCAGGACCAACAUGUUCCGCUUCAACCAUCCGAAGGAGGCGGCCAAGCUGAGGGAGAAACGAAAGAGCGGCCUGCUCUCCACCUUCAGUCUGUCCAUGACGGAUCUGUCCAAGUCCUGUGAGAACCUGUCCACCGUGAUGCUCUACAACCCCGGUCUCUUCACUGAGAAGGGCCCCGUCUUCCUCAGGUUGGAGUUUGAGCGGCAGCAGCGGGAGGAGCUGGAGAAACUGGAGCUGAAAAGGAGGCUGAUCAAUGACAUGGAGGCGAAGCAGCAGAGUGAGAAGGUGGAGCUGGAGCGCCUCCAGCAGGAGGUGGAGAGUCAGAGGAAAGAGUCUGAGGAGGUGCAGCAGCGAAUCCUCCGUCAGGAGGAGAGCCUCCGCCGCCGCAGCCAGGACAUCGAGAGCCGCCUGCGGGACUUCCUGGCUGAGAAGGAGCGCUUCGAGGAGGAGAGGCGCUCCGAGCCCCCGGGGGAGGAGCUCCAGAGGCGGCAGCGGCAGAACCAGCAGCAGGAGGGUGAGGCAGAGGAGGAGCAGGAUGAGGAACAGCGGCUGCAGCAGGAGGCUGCAGAGCAGACGGAGAUCUACCGCGAGCUGGAGAGGCUGAAGAGGGAGCGCGAGGAGCAGAAGGUUCGUCUGGAGGCGGAGCGGCGGCGGCUGGAGAAGCAGGAGCAGGAGCAGCUGAGCCUGGUGGGGAGGCUGGAGGAGCAGCUGAGGGAGAAACAUGAGGCCGCCACCACGCUGCUGACCCGGGAGGACGCCCGCCGCCUGGAGGAGGAGCGCCGAGCGCUGGCCGAGAUCCGAGGAGAGCUCCUCCGUGCCAAAGAGACCGGAGAGCGUCCGGAUGUGGAGGACUCCGGCGAGGAGGCGCGGUCUGCCCAGGCUCGAUACACGGACUUCAAGGCGGCUCAGGUGAAGGAGCUGGGUCAGCUGGAGGAGGGGCUGCGGCAGCAGAGGGAGCGCCUGGAGAAGGAGGUCACCGCUGAGCGUAGUACAGUGCUGCUCCUCGCCCACGGCCUCAGAGAACGACAGCAGCAGCUGAAGGAGACGCAGGAGAAGGGGGCGCAGGACGCCACAGCUGUGUGCCAGGAGGAGCAGCUGGUCAAACAGGCGGAGCACCGACUGCAGUUCAAGGAGCGGCAGCUGGUCAGCCUGGCCGACGGCCUCCUCCCCGCGCUGGCCGAGGAGAAGCGGAGAGCCGUGGAGAUGUUGGAGCGCAGCAGCGGAGGGAGCAACGGGAACUGCGACAGUCCGCCGGGACUGGACAACACGCUGUUCCAGGUGGAGAAGGAGCUGGAGGACAAGGAGGACAAGCUGAACCUCCACUGGCACAGAGCUCAGCAGCUGCAGCAGCUGCAGGAGACCUACGAGUUCACGGCCAACGUGGCCCGGCAGGAGGAGAAGGUGAGGAGGAAGGAGAAGGAGAUCCUGGAGUCGAAGGAGAAGCAGCAGAGGGAGGCCAUGGAGCAGGCGGUGGCCCGGCUGGAGAGGAGGCACUCGGCCCUGAGGCGCAGCGUCUCCCUGGAGCCCGACACCGAGGAGCAGAGACACAAGAGCUCGGUCCAGAGGAACCUGAGGGGGACGGACCUGGACCAGCAGAGGGUGGAGCAGGAGAUCCAGAAGCUGAGGCAGAGGAUCAGCGAGGGGGAGGAGAACAACAGGACUCACUCCGUCAGUAACGAGGAGAAAACGAGUCACGGCAGCUCGCCGGUCAGCCACAUCCAGAGUCUGAACACGCUGCUGCCGCUGUCGGACGACAGAAUAAACGCGUACAUCGAAGAGGAAGUCCAGCGGCGGUUACGCAAGAUGAACCUCCUGAACGGCGGCAGCAGCAUGGAUCUGUCUCUGUCCUGUGAAUCUCUCCGGGAGGAGGAGGAAGUUAGCGACUGUAGCUCUGUUAGAUUAACAGAUGAGGACGAUGAAAAGCUGAAGAACAUUAAUCCAAGGAGACAUAAAUAUGAGCACUUGGUUUCUCGUCCUCUCGGGACGAGCGCCGACGGACUCCAGGAGCCCGUUAAAAUUAGCAUUCCUCGUUACGUUCUCCGCGGGCAGGGGAAGGACGAGCACUUUGAGUUCGAGGUGAAGAUCACUGUGAUGGACGAGACCUGGACUGUGUUCAGACGUUACAGUCGCUUCCGGGAAAUGCACAAAAGCCUCAAACUGAAAUAUCCAGAGCUGGCAGCUCUGGAGUUCCCUCCCAAGAAGCUGUUUGGAAACAGAGACGAGCGGAUGGUCGCCGAACGCCGGAAUCACCUGGAGCGUUACCUGAGGAACCUGUUCCGGGUGAUGCUGUCGUCCUCCGGCUCUCCUCUGAGGACCGACGCCGAUGGCGGUUUCCACCUGUCCAAACACGCCAUCUGUGAGUUCUCGCCGUUCUUUAAGAAGGGCGUCUUCGAGUACGGCAGCCACGGCACCGGCUGAGAUCCGCCGCACCAAACCAGAAAAAACAACAAAAAAACAACAAAAAAAACUGCUUGGUGCCUUUCCCCCCGGGGGCCUCCGCCCGGGGGGCCUCCGCCCGGGGGGCCUCCGCUCGGGGGCCUCCGCCCGGGGCGCCUCCGCUUGGGGCGCCUCCGCCCGGGGGCCUCCGCCCGGGGGCCUCCGCCCGGGGGCCUCCGCUCGGGCGCCUCCGCUCGGGGGCCUCCCGGGGGGCGUGGCCUCAGAAGGUGAGAGGAGGGAAAACGUGCAGGUCAGUUUCCGCUCCGACCUCCCGGAGAUCUCACACCUGUCAGGUGCUGCUCAGCUCGUCGUCCACGUCAUGAAUGUUGAAGCAGAAAGUUCAUCACUCUGUUUAAAGAGUCAUGUGACUGUAGUCAUAGAAACCAACUUUAUUAGACAUUCAGGCAAUAAACAGCUGAUUUAAUAUAUUUACACGCAGCUUUUAUAUCAUGUAGUGACAACACUAAAGGUAGAACACUGCCAGGGUCGAGGGUUCGAUUCCCUGUGCAGCUCAGUGCAUUCAUUGAACAGUCCAUCAGCAUUAAUCAUUUAAUUAAUCACUUUAUAAUCAUCAUGAAUUCACAGGUUUCAGCUUGUUGAAGUGAAGAUAGAAUCAGAGUGAGAGCUCGGCAGGGAUCAGUGAUGACGCUGUGUGAAGGUGUGUGAGGUCGUUGUUUACCUGCAGCAUGACGAGCUCGUUUGUUGGAGCCGAUUCCCGCGGAGAAUAAAAAGGCUUUUCUUUUUUAUUUUUCAAAUUUUUAUUGUUUAUUGUGUCUUUUUGUUGUUUGUUUGUUUUUUUUUCUGGUCAAUUUGAAGAUACAGAUAAAAACAGGUGGAUGUAAACAUCACUGUAAACUCCUGUGGGAUGAUCCAGUGUGGAACAACAAACACCUGAGGUCACACCUGUAACAGCAGACAGCUGCUGUACAACUGCGUUUCCUCUCUGAAAAUCGCUCUGAUUCAUUUUCAGCAGAACAACAAACUUAUAAAUCUCUUUAAUAUAAAACUGUAGGAACUGAAUUAUUAAAAAAAUUAAAAGUUUUAGGCUGAAAACAAACCAACACCACUGACACUGAACUUCACGUCACUAAACGCUGCUGCCAAAGUUAAAAACUGCCCUGUUGAGUUUUCAUGCAGCAGCAACAACAAGCUGUCUCCAUGGCGAUGGACGCAGCAUCAGGAAAGGGAGCUCAGCUCGCUCUGACAGAAAUGCAGCCAAGCGUCACUGUGAGAGUCAUAAACUACGGUGGCCCUGAAGCUCAACGCACUGCGACUUCACGAACAGAUGUAAACAGUCACAACACAAACAAACAAACAAACAAACAAACAAACUCUACAAAUUCAGUCCUACAACACAACGGAAGUGUUUCCACCGGACACAAGCCAACCCGUGGAUCUUUGUGGCCAUAUCAUCCUCCUAUUGGAAUUAAGGCAAAACUAGAGCCACCUACUCGUGGUCGUAUCCCUCCGCCACUCAGACUAGUUCCAGGUCACUUCCUGUUCAUCCAGAGUCAGAGAAAAUAUUAAACAUUUUGGUCACACUUUCUCAUAAUUGCUGUUUUCUGAGGUCACACUGACCUUGACCUUUGACCUUUAGCCCCCAAAAUCUAAUCAGUUCAUCCCUGACCUCUAGUGAACGUUUGUGUCAAAUCUGAAGAAAUUCCGUCAAGUCGUUACGGAGAUAUCGUGUCCACGAGAAUGAGACGGACGGACAACCGGGAAACAAAAUGGCCGCCGCUCUGACUGAAUAAAAAGUGAUGAACCUGCUGCGACGCUCUUGUUAAUCAAAGCUUUUAACCUCAAAGGUCACUAUGGGUCAGUGAACAAGUGUGUCCAGCCUGGUUCGUCACGUCUCAGUGUCCCUUGGAAACACUUCCUGUUGUGUGAAUUUGACACGUGUUUUCCUCAGCUGCAGUGGUUUGAGCUCUCUGGGCCACCGUAAACAAACACAUCUGGAAUCAGGUUUUUUGAGAUCGUGUCACAGUUUGUGUUUUUCAGUCCCACCAGCAGAUCAACACGUCACUGAUCGUUUACACUCCUCACAGCUGAUUUUCACAGUAAACCGUCUGUGCUCCGUCAUAGAUCUGCAGCCACUAGAUCUGAAAGUCUUCCAGCAGAGCCGCACUGUUGUUGUUGUUGAUGUUGUUGUUGUUGAUGUUGUUGUUGUUGUUGAUGAAAACGGGUCUGGACCUAAAACUAGUGGUUAGAUUUGAAUGUGUUUGGACCUGAGACACUGACUGCUUCCUUCAUAAGCCAUACUGUGUUUAUACAUGUAAAUAUGAAUGUGCAUAGUUUUCUACACAACUUGCUUCUAUGUGAUGUGAACUGUUGACAUUGACUGUCAGUAAAGGGAAUGAACCAGAA